GUGGGGCCAGAUCUAACCAAAUAAUUUUGGUCAAUUUUUACACGUGCUCAGAGAUUUUCUAUAAUUACGACGAAGUUCUUCAUUCCAGAGAUAAUCACUCGGGGCUGUUCCGAGCAGAUCAGAUGCUGUCUGCGUGCCACAUUCGGAAAACCUCAGCUAUACAGAAACCCUACAUAAUCUGCCAAGGUUUGCCGAGUGUGUGUAUGUUUGCUUCCGGUACAAACACAAAAUGGCAGAAUCUUUACCACGUGGGCCAAAUAUUUUGAUAACAGGCACGCCUGGUACUGGGAAGACCACAUUGGGACAAGAACUAGCCGGGAGAAAUAAUUUAAAAUAUAUAAAUAUUGGGGAAGUGGCUAAAGAAAAUGAUCUGUUUGAAGGUUUCGACGAAGAAUAUCAAUGUCCUCUGAUGGAUGAAGAUCGAGUUAUUGAUGAGUUAGAAGACACCAUGGUAGAAGGUGGUAAUAUUGUAGAUUACCAUGGAUGUGAAUUUUUUCCAGAAAGAUGGUUUCAUUUAGUAAUUGUGUUGCGUACAGAUAACUCUAUUUUAUACGAAAGACUAGAAAAACGAGGAUACAGUGGUAAAAAACUUCAAGACAAUGUACAAUGUGAAAUAUUUCGAACUAUACUUGACGAAGCUCUCGAAUCUUACAAGGAAAAUAUCGUGCAAGAACUAAAAAGUAAUACUCCAGAAGAUAUGGAAGAAAACUUAGAAAAAAUUUCGACCUGGUUGAAUCAGUUGAAUGCCUCUUAGCUUUAAGAUCUUUUUGUUACCGUAUUUGUUUAUUAUUUUAUUGUUAGUAGUGUCUUUUGUGAAUAAAAUUAUUUUGUACAGUUA